ACGGUAAAAGCUGAUGCAAGGUUCACGUCGUGUGAUGCAUGUGAACAUCCGGAUACGGAAAAUAUAACUUCAGAAACUAAAUUUAUCGCUCACUGUUCAGUCUGAGGACAAUACGACAGACAGCAUACAGCCAUGGGAGAAGCUGGCCUGUCACCAGAGGAGAAAUUCCACCUCAUCACCAGGAACUUACAGGAGGUUCUUCAGGAGGAGAAGUUGAAGGAGGUUCUUAAGGAGCGAGAUGUGAAGGUGUACUGGGGCACGGCCACCACUGGCAAGCCACAUGUCGCCUACUUCGUACCCAUGUCUAAGAUAGCAGACUUCCUUAAGGCAGGGUGUGAGGUGACCAUCCUGUUUGCAGACCUGCAUGCCUACCUGGAUAACAUGAAGGCACCGUGGGAACUGCUGGCACAGAGAGUGGUGUACUAUGAGACUGCCAUCAAGGCCAUGUUACAGUCCAUAGGGGUACCACUGGACAAACUCAAGUUUGUCAGGGGAACCGACUACCAGCUCAGUAGAGAAUACACACUGGAUGUGUACAAACUCACCUCCCUUGUUACUGAGCAUGAUGCAAAGAAGGCAGGAGCAGAGGUAGUGAAGCAGGUGGAUCACCCACUGCUCAGUGGGCUGCUGUACCCAGGUCUACAGGCCCUGGAUGAGGAGUAUCUGAAGGUUGAUGCCCAGUUUGGUGGUGUGGACCAGAGGAAAAUCUUCACUUUUGCAGAAAAGUACUUGCCUUCGCUCGGCUACACUAAGAGGAUCCACUUGAUGAAUCCCAUGGUCCCCGGCUUGACAGGCUCUAAGAUGAGCUCCUCUGAGGAGGACUCUAAGAUUGACCUCCUAGACGCCGCGUCUGCCGUGAAGAAGAAGCUGAAGAAGGCGUUCUGUGAGCCGGGAAACGUCACGGACAACGGCGUACUGUCCUUUGUCAAGUUCGUGCUGUUACCGCUCUCCGAAAACGGAGAGUUUACAGUUGAAAGAAAGCCAGAGAAUGGAGGCAGUGUCACCUUUAAGGACUACGAGUCACUGGAGAAGGCCUUUGCUGAACAGAGCAUCCAUCCUGGUGACCUGAAGCCGGCGGUUGAGCGAGAGUUAAACAGACUGAUGGAACCAGUCCGACAGGUGUUCCAGACUCCUGACAUGAAGGCUCUCAUCAGCAGGGCUUACCCACCUCCUCCCAAGAAGAAGGCAGGACAAGUGGCUAAUGCAGCAAGUGAGGAGAUUUCCCCAGUAAGGUUGGACCUGAGAGUAGGGAGAAUUAUCAGUGUGGAAAAGCAUCCAGAUGCAGACAGCCUGUAUGUAGAGAAGGUGGACCUGGGUGAGGAGCAGCCCAGGACCGUGGUCAGCGGCCUGGCUGGUCUGGUUCCCAUGGAGACCCUGCAGGACUUUGUCGGCGUGUUCCUCUGUAACCUCAAGCCACAGAAGAUGCGAGGCAUCGAGUCACAAGCCAUGCUCAUGUGUGCCUCCAUAGAUGACCCGAGGUGUGUUGAACCCCUUAUGCCACCAGAGGGCUCUGCUGUUGGUGACCGGGUAUUUGUAGAAAACUACAACACAGGAAAUCCUGACGAGAGGCUCAAUCCAAAGAAGAAGAUCUGGGAGAAGCUACAGCCGGACAUGAAGACCUCUGAAGAGUGUGUUGCACAGUGGAGCGGCAACCCCAUCAUGACCAAACUAGGACUGGUUAAAUCCAAAACUAUGAAAAAUGCACCAAUUAAGUAGGUAGCCACUCAAAAAAAAUCCAAAUUUUGAAGAUAAGUGCAUCACAGCAAGACUUAAAAUAUGCAGGGUUCCCACAGGCUAACUUCUUGACUUAGGAGCACUGCUGCUUCCAACCCGAAACAAUUACUGGUAAGGCACACCAGCAAAAAUUCUAGGAACACACUAUUCGUAUCUGUAUCAGUAUAGCCGGUAUAAAUGCCCUUCAGCAUAACACACCAGCUACUACAAGGUACAAUGUAGAUCAUUGAAUUGAGCACUAGUUUGCAGGACAUUGCACAAAUAUUGUACAUAAAAACAUACAAAGUGGAAGCAUCAUGAUCAGAGAGCAGGAAAGUGAAAUGAAAAAUUUCUAGGCGCACAACAUAAUUUUUGGGAGCAUAAUAAAAUACUUAUUAACAUUGGAGCAGUCUGGAGGGCUAAUAUGUGAAACAUAGUGUAGCCAUAAGAUUUUUCUUCAUAAUCCAUAUACACACUUAAUGUUUAACUGUCAUGAUAGACCUGUCAGAAACAAAAUAUCUGCCUUACUUCCUGUCUAAUAGUUACUAAUAGAUAAUAUCUGAACAAUUAAUAGAUAAGAGUUUGACAUGCUAUACUAUGAAAAUUGAAUCUCUGCAUCUUAAAUAUAUUACUAAAUUAUAUGUUUUAUUGCAAAGUUGUUCCAUUUUUCCAAAAGAUUUAUGUGAUUUUGAUUAUUUGAAUAUCAAUUUCUGCUAUGCGAUGCCUCUGUCAUAAUGAUUGUAUCUGUAUAUUCAUGUCACAAUCAACGUAAACUACGCAUAUUAGUAAAUAUAGGGUUUCUCAUUAAAAAUUUGGGUCAGAAAGCAUUCAUACAAUGUAAGUCUUGUAAUAAUACAAAAAAGGAAAAUUAAAACGACCAAAGAUAUUAUUUGGGUCCAGAAAUUGUAUUCUCAUGUUUCACGUAAAAAAAAACAUUUUUCAAAUGUGUUGUUCGGAAUCUACAUGUAUUUUGGGGAAAUCAUGUGCUUGAAAUUGGAACAUUUUUUUUUUAAUUUGGUAACUUAUUGUAUUGUUUAAUGUUAAAUUCGAAGUAAAAGGCAUUUUGGCAUGAUCCUUUAAACAUUGUGCACUGGCUGACAAAUUAUCAAUUGUUUUAUUUGUACAUGGAUGUUGAUUUAAUAAAAUUGCCAAUAAAGAAACACCA